UUUCUUUUUCAACACACAACGCAGGCCACUGACUUUGUUAAUCUACAACUGGGUUUUACUUGCAUUUCAUCUUUUUUGCAUUUUCUGGGAUCCUCUUCUGUAUUUGUCUAGCAUUCGUAUCUGAUAGCAUUACAAGUUUUUUAAGCGCUACAUAUGUAUGCAAUAUUAUUUACUUACUUCAAUAAUUGCUUUUACCUUUGUAUUCGGGCCUUUUUUUUUUUUUUUUACCUCAUAUCCAGAUCUAUAGCAUCUCAAAUAUUCAUAUGUACAAUGUAAAAAUCCCUUGUAAUUUUUGCCGAUGUAUGAAUCCUGAUGUCUGUGAAACCAGGAGUUAUUUUUUUCAAAUACGAUUUAAUUUAAUGGGUUUUCGUGAAAUCACAGAUAAUUGAGAGGAUUCAGAUUCAACUAGAUUUUCGAGGCGAAAAUGGAGGGAAGAAUGAAGAAAUACAGGCAAGUUAGCCCAGAAAGAGCAAAAGUAUGGACGGAAAAAUCGCCCAAGUAUCAAUAUAAACAACAGCAGCAUGAUCGUAAAGUGCCUGUAGUUUACUAUUUAUGCAGGAAUCGACAGCUCGAGCAUCCACAUUUUAUUGAAGUCCCCAUCUCUUCCCCUGAUGGCCUCUACUUGAGAGAUGUUAUGGAAAGGCUUAAUGUUUUGAGAGGCAGAGGCAUGGCUUCAGUGUAUUCUUGGUCUUGCAAGAGGAGUUAUAAGAACGGGUAUGUAUGGCAUGACCUUUGUGAAGACGAUUUGAUCCUUCCGGCUCAUGGAAACGAGUAUGUUCUUAAAGGUUCUGAGCUCUUUGACGAACCUGAUUCUGGUCAAUUGAGUCCGGCUGGAAAUGUUGCAUUACAGAAUUUAAAAGCAUUACCAGAACCACCAUCUUCUAGAAGUCGAGGUGAAUCUUCAUCUUCCUCCAGCUUGAAUGGUAGAACAACUAAGAGUUCUCAGGAUGAUGACCUGUCUCCUCCUAUUCAGCGUCCACGUUCGUUGGCUCUCUCUCCACAGUCCAGUGUCGGGAAAACUUCCUCUUCAAAUGCUCCUUUAGGCUUGACAGAGUACAAGGUUUACCAGAGCAAUGGUCUAACUGAUGCCUUCACUCAGACUGAGGAACAUGCUGGCACAGCUGUUAGAUCUCGAGACACUUGCACAAGAGGUGUUUCGACCGAUGAUGGAUCACUAGAGACCGAGAGAAAUGAGCCUCGUCAAAACCAGGUUCCUCAAGUAAAGGAGACUUCGGAGAUCUGCAGGGAUUUAGUUUCACCACCUACAUCUAUAUCUAGUACAUCUUCGACGAGUGGAAAGACCGACACCCUGGAAUCUCUCAUCAGAGCAGAUGCCAGUAAGCUCAACAGCUUCAGAAUACUUGAAGAGGAGGAACUUCGUAUGCCAUCAAACACAAAAUUCAAGGCUUCAAAUGUGCUUAUGCAAUUGAUCACUUGUGGGUCAAUAGCGGUAAAAGAUCACAAAUUUGGCCUUAUCCCUACCUACAAGCCUAGCUUUUCACAUUCCGAAUUUCCAUCUCCAUUGUUCUCGACAUCAGUGAUGCUGGGAGAGCUGGAUUGUCUUUCUGAGAAUCCUAGGCUGAUGGGUGUGAGGUUGGAAGACAAGGAAUACUUCAGCGGGGGCUUGGUCGAGACAAGUGUGCCCACGGAAGAGGUUACUAUAAAACGAUCUUUGUCAUAUAAUGCGGAUAGGACAAACAAGCAGUUUGAUUCACUCGAAGACGAGAAAGAGCCUAAUUCCACGCAUUCAAAGUGCAUUCCUAGGUCCAUCAAGGCUUCAUUGAGUAAGCAGCCAAGAUGUGAAUCUAUGAGAUCCCCUCUCUCUGAGGGACGUCGAAUCUCGUCUGAUCGUGUGGAUAGUUCACGAAACAUUACAUUUGGUACAGCCAGUGGUGGAAGCAAGAGAAUUGAAGAGCCGUUCUCUGAAAAAAAUCUGUCAAAGAAAGUAGAUUCUUUCAGAGACGAGAAGGAAAAUGUCAUCAAAAUCGAAGAAAGUUAAGUUCUGGUACUAGUUACUUAGCGUAAUGCUACUACUCUUAUUCAUGUGUUUUGAGAUCUUCUCCACUUUUUCCUAGCAGGCUUGCUUCAGGGGCACGAAUUAUAAUAGAAUCCAAAGUAUCCUCUGAAAGUGAGGAUAACUCCAAGAAACCUUUUGACGAUUGAUCCGUGGCAGUUUUUGAUGGGAGAUCUAGUUCUUUUCUACGACUUGACCUUGGCGAGUUCUGAUCUUGUUAAUUUGUUGGGCGGUCUACUUUAUGCGCCUGAUCUGGAAUGAAGUAUGGAGUAAAUAGCUUUGUCCAUUUGGUUCAAAGUUUUGGAAUGGCCCUCCUGGAGGAACUACUGGAUUUUAAGUUGUUCUUCUGUCUAACGUUAGCGUCAUACUUUGGUAAUGUAGACAGAACUUAACUGAAUACCGGUAGAGAGAGUGAAAUCAAUGAUUUCGACAAUUUUUGUACGUGUAAUUAUUGAAGGUUAAGAACUUGAGAAUAGCUUUGCCCAUUUGGUUAAAAGUUCUCUAAAUAAAUAGAACAUAUAGUUGUUGAACUA